AUGGCCAGUACCAGUUUGAAUUCCCUGUUUGAGAGGCCGUUUCGAAGACCACUUACUCCUUUGCAAUACGCUUGUUUGAAGCUACGCUUUAACCAAGCAACGAACUUAUUGGCUUAUAAACCCGAACUUCGAAGUAUAAAAACGAGAGCCUGUAAUGGUUCCUCCUGGGUAAAAGGCGCAUCCCUCGAUCGGGGCAUAGCCAAGACGAUUUUCAGCCCGGGAGUUCGUUCGGAUCCUGCUGCUCCAGGACCAGAUGGCCGAAACUAUAUAGGAAUUCUCCCGCCCUCAGCUGAAGCCACUUUUACUGAACUUGGUAAACUUGCUCGAGAGAAAUGCAUUCCUUUCAGCCGCUACUCCCCUGUUCCCUCGCCUCCGGACGAGCCCUUUUAUCGAUGGGUCAUAGCUAUAGUCAAAAAAAUAGGUUUGCAAAGUGGCCCUGGACUGGAAGUGGGCUGCUCGGCGCUUGACCUAUAA